GCCAUCUCCAUCAUCCUCACCACCACUACUACCAGUCCUACUCCCACUUAUUCUCUACCUCUUCCUCCUCCCCCUCUAUUAUUAUUAUUGUCUUAAUGUUAAGAUGGCUGACUAUCGUGUAACGUGGGAUAAAAAGAAAGAAAACCAACUCAUAGACUAUUUUGAAGAUCAUCCCUGUCUUUGGGAUCAUACUCAUGCCGAUUAUUUCCGCAGAGAUGUCAGAGAUGGACUCAUGAAAGAAUUGAGCAAUAAACUAGGCUGUGAUCGUUCCGGGCGUCCUUAUACAGAAAGACACAUCAAGAUGAGGUGGAAAAAUAUACGUACCACUUAUGCCCGGGAGUGUCGAAAAUCAGAAAGUCGUACUGAGGACGGUAGCGACUAUGUAUCAAAAUGGGCUUUCAUUGACCGUUUGGGUUUUAUCAAAGACUUCAUCAAGUCACGUGCUCCUUACAACUGUUCCAAUAACUUCAGGCUGUCUACUCUUACUACUGUAUCUUCAGACCAAACAGAUGUUUACCAGACUCUUUCAGAUGAUGACAUCGAAGAAGAGGACGACGACGAUUUGGUUGUCUGUUUAACGGAACCAUUUAAAGAUGACAACACGACUCAGAAAUCAAAUCAUCAGGACAUGUGGGACUCGGAUGAUAAGAAAAGCAUCUGGAUAUCGGAAGGUGUGAGCUUAGCAAACAAUGCGAGUGAUUUGAAAAAUAUAGACGGGAGCAAAAACAAUUUAACUGAGUCAUGGAUUGUUCAGGAAAGAGUCAGUCCUCAUCGAGACUGGCGGGUUGAAGAAAGAAAUAGCGGGAGUCCUUCAGAAAUGUGGAGAAAAGACAAUCGAGAAAGUCACCCGUCGGAUGUCGCUACAGACAACCUUCAUAAUAACAACUGUACUGAUUCAUCUGGUGACAUUCAAGUUGGAAAUAUCACCUACAUGCACAACAUUAAAAAUCCUCAGUCAGAAAAAAACAGUCAUGGAAUUGAAGACUACCAGCAGACUGAUACCGUUUCUCUUGCAGAAACAUUGUCUUUGAACAAUAAAGUGUCUUGGAGUAAAGACAAGGAAAGUGAACUUAUUGCAUUUUUUGAAGGUCACCGGUUCUUAUGGGACCACUCUCAUCCGGAUUAUUUCAACCGAGAUCUACGAGACUGUAUGAUACGGGAGUUAAGUUCUAAAUUGGGUCAUGAUCGAAAUGGACAACCUUAUACAGAUGGUUUCAUAAGGCAAAGAUGGAAGAACCUACGGACAACUUUUGCUCGAGAAUUAAAGAAGAUUGAACACCACAGCAAACACAACCAGGAAACUCCUUACAUUUCACGGUGGGCACAUACGGAACGACUGUCUUUCCUGAAAGAUUGUUUAAAAGCACGAGGUCAUUUAAAAGUAAUUCCUCAUCUACAGAAUAACAUAGAUGUAUGUCAUACUUAUUCCUUAUCUGAUGAUUCCGAUGUAGGCAACGAUUCCAUAGCUUGGCCGUCUGAACAGUUUGUCGAAGAUGAAACACAUAAUUUUGAACAACUCUCAAGAACAAAGCGGUUGGACACCAACCCCGUGAUAAACUCCCUCGAUUUAUUGUCAGACGACAACAACAUUGGAGGUGGAGGAGGAGGAGGAGGUGGUGGUGGCAGUGGAGGUAAUAUUAGUAUUAAUGGCACUGUACAGAAUUUCUCAGCAUCAACAACGAAAAAACGAUGUCGGUCGGAUGAUAUGGACUUGAAAGACGACUUCCUCAAGGAAGCCUGGAGGAUUUUCAACCUGAAAGAACGGCAUGACCCUGAGGACUUGUUCGGUAUGCAUGUAGCAGGGACAUUACGACGAAUGCAACCGCUGCAGAGAGAGAAAGCCAAACUAGACAUUCAGGGCAUUUUGUUACAACACUGCUUCUCAAAAGCUGAUCAAUAAAUUCCACAUAUAUUUCACUAUAA